AUGCAGUCCGAACAAGACACCCCAGACCAGGUGGCAAGCACCUCAAAUCCGUCUUCUACAAACCAUGAUACUUCGAAAUCCACUAAAAGUGUCUACGUAUGGUCGUGGAAAGAGACUCCGUCCCAAAUGGAACAACACCCCGCAAGUUCCAUUGUGGGAGACGCCUCCGAUUGCUGGAUUCGCUAUGGUCGUCAUUCGAAUGCCCGAUUGGAAGCGGCCUAUCAAAAUUAUUGUCAGAAUCAAGAUGCAUCAUCAUCUGUACGAACUCUGAUGAAUUUAGACGACACCUACGUGGUGGAUCUACACACCAUGAUUCAGGUCAACAAGAGGACUGGGUUUCAACGAGAUGUUCAAAGGACCAUUGAUGCACCUAAAGUUUGGUGCUGGAAAGAAAUAGAAGGGUUAAUGUGGAAACACAACCCGUCUACUAUCUAUGGGAAUCCUUCGGAUUGCUGGAUCAAAUAUGAUACUGCACAGAAUGAAUUGUUGGAGUCUGCCUAUCUGGACAAUGAUGGACAAGACGAAGUCUCUCCCAAAAACGGGUUGGUCGUCAACUUUGAAGACAUGAUUGAAACCAAUGAAGUCACUGGAUCCGAACGAGAAGUACAACGAGUCGAUUUCAAACAACCUGAGGAGGAGGAAGAGGAGGAAGAUCGGCACCAGAUUGUGCCGGACACUGCUGCAUCAACAACCGCAACAUCAGCAGCGUCAGCAGUGGCGGCUCAAAGCACAUCGACAACGACAACGCCAAAGAAAACUAAGGUUUGGUGCUGGCAAGAGACGGAUGGGUUCAUGUGGCGGCAUGAUGCAUCUACCAUUUAUGGUGAUCCAUCCGAUUCAAACUGGAUUAAAUAUGAUGACGAAGCAACUGCUAUUUUAGAGGAUGGUUUUCAAACACAGCCCUUUGGUAUCGUAUCGCCAUGUGAAGGGUACAAUGUCAACUUGGCAGUCAUGAAACAAAUCAAUAUUGCCACUGGAUUUGAGCGAAAGGUACAGCGUGUGGAUGCAAUCACAAUCAAAACAGACGACGACGACGAAGAAGAAGAAGAUUCAUCCGAAACAGCCAACGAGGAUACCUUGGCACAGGUCCAACAGAUGGAAACAAGACUUCAAAGCAAACUUCAAAAUCACGCAGACUCGACGGAUCAAAAACUCCAAACUAUGUCUACAAGACAAACGGCAAUGGAAACUGAAUUGGAAGCCGUCCGAUCUCAAUGGCAAGAGACCCAAUCCGAGCUGACGCAAACCAAAUUGGAACGUGAUGAACUGAAAGAACAAGUGGCAAGCAUGAAAGAUUGCUUGGAUGGACUACAGAAAAUGGUCGAGGAGUCUCUCACGAAGAAAAGUCAAACAAAAGCUCCAACGACAGUAGUACAUGAUUCAGGAGUAGGAGAUCAAAAGAAGAGGUCAUGUGCUGAUGUGGAGGAGCCUGUAUCAUCAGAACCAACAAAAAGAAGGAGACAGGAGGAUGAGCAUGAGGAGAAGGAUGAGCAUUAG